GCGGCGGAUCACUUACUUCUGACGUUCCAAAGCCUCGGGGACUUGGCGCAAGAUUGCUCGGCUUUGAUAAGGUCCUUGCAACUUGGUAGCAACUUUUCUUUUGCCAACACUCUCGGUGAGCUUUUUGCGCACUUUCUUGCAGAUCCGCCAUCCAUUAUUCUUACCUUUUAGUUGGCUUUUUUUGUAUACUAUGCAUUAAUACUUCUAGCUGAAGUUGUUCUGGGAUGUAUACUUUUUCCCUUUACAAGUGCGCCAUUUAUUUUCUAUGUACCUUUCGGGACCGGACUGUCGGCUGCUCGCUUUGAUGUUCUCACUUAAACCCCGAGCCCAGUACGUAUUGGAGUAGCCUAAAGGAGAUCUGCCGUGUGGCAUGGAAGCCUGAGCGCCUGGGAAAGCACGGGAAAGACAGACCUUUUUCUGCAGGAAAGUGCGUUUUAGUUCCUUUUCAGCGACAAAAACACACAGAUCGCUGAACAAUAGGAGUGACGCUUAAGUGGAUAUUGUGGAUUAUUUUUCGCUUGUGGGAAAACUGGACUUUUGGGGGAGCAAACUCAUGGAUCGAUGAGAGAAGACGGGCAGAGCAGCUCUCCCCUGCUGACUUAAGAGAGUGAGGAGAUUACUGUAGAGCGCAGAGGAAGGGCGCGAGGCGGACAGGCUGCUGCUCGCGCUGGAGCCAUGAAUAGGGUACUAACAGACCCUGUCGUCAGUAGCUUCAGAGAAGAUGCUCCUCGCCCCCCCGUCCCGGGGGAAGAGGGUGAGACGAGAUGCUACAAUCCCAGCAAACUUGCCGUGAUGAGACCCAGAAACACUUUGAAAUCGCCGGUGACUGCUCCUCCCGGCUCCGCGGCGAGGAGAGAUGAGGACCGGCUCGGAGAACCCGAAGGGAGCGCCUCCCCGGAGUCGCCGCGUGCUCGGUGGACAAAAUCUUUGCAUUCGCUUCUCGGGGACCAAGACGGUGCACAACUUUUUCGGGAAUUUUUGGAGCGGGAGAAAUGUGUGGACACUUUAGACUUCUGGUUCGCUUGCAAUGGUUUCAGGCAGAUGGACCUCAAGGACACCAAAACGUUGCGAGUGGCCAAAGCGAUUUACAAGCGAUACAUCGAGAACAGCGGCGAUGUUUCCAAACAGCUCAAGCCUGCUACUAAAACGUUUAUUAGAGACAACAUUAAGAGGCAGCAGAUCGAUUCGGCGAUGUUUGACCAGGCGCAAACGGAGAUUCAGACAACCAUGGAAGAAAAUGCGUAUCAGAUGUUCUUGACCUCUGACCUGUACCUGGAGUACGGACGGAGCGGGUGCGAAAACCCCACACACGUCAACCCCAACGGACUCGCGAGCCUGAAACUUGUGUGUGGCUACUUGCCGACGCUUAACGAAGAAGAGGAAUGGAGCUGUAACGACUUUAAAGCCAAAGCGUUGGCUGUGGUCGGACUGUCCGCUAAAGCGCUACGCCCGGCUCCUUCACUGAGGGCUGUGGAGGUUGUGGAGAAAGGCUACAGGUCCUACAGACGUAGUGACACCACCAGCUCAUACCACCUGGUCUCCGGCUGCAACUUUGCCCCUGCCACCAGCGCCAACGACAGCGAGAUCUCCAGCGACGCCGCCACGGAUGACUCCAUGUCGGUGACGGACAGCAGUGUGGAUGGGAUCCCACCAUACAAACUGGGCAGCAAGAAACACCUCCAGAGGGAGAUGCAGAGGAAUGUGAGGAUGAAUGGCCAAGUGUCACUGCCUCCCUUUCCUAAGGUGCGUCCGCCGCCUAAAGAGAUGGCACCGGUGGAGCCGGCCAGGUUUGCCGCCCUGCUCAUCGCCCGGCUGGAGAGACUGCGGAGAGAGCAGGAGACCAUGAGCUCACUGGAGGAGAGACUGCAGCAGAUCCAGGAGGAAGAGGAACGUGAGGAGGCAGAGCUGUCCAAUGCAGGGGGCGGGGUUUCCCACUCCCUCCCCCUGCUCCCUGGGAGCGGGGCCUCCCACUCCCUCCCCCUGCUCCCUGUGGCCCCCUGUGAGGAGGACCCACAGGCUAUCCUGGACGAGCACCUGUCCCGCGUUCUGAAGACACCGGGCUGCCAGUCGCCUGGCGUGCAGCGCCACUCACCCCGCUGUCGCUCGCCCGAACUACGGCCCCUGCCCCGGGGGGCCUCUGGCGGGCCCCGUCCCCUGGCUGGCCCCACCCCUGCUGCCGCCUACCCGCCGGGACGAGCGCUCGCGCCCCGCCCCUCCACCAAGCUCGUCCACCACCACUACAUCCACCACCACUCCACGCCCAAGAGCAAGGAGCAGAUCGAGUCGGAGGCGGCCCAGAGGGUGCAGGGCGUGUGCCCCGGGGUGGAGUGCUGCCACUCGCCCCACGGACGCAGCCGCAGCCUGGGCCGGGAGCAGGCCAACCACGCCCACGCAUCCCUGAUAGGAUGCUCCAGCUCUCUGUCCAAGCGCCUGUGUAAGUCAGGUGAGGAGGUGAGUGGUGAAGGCACGGGCACCUCCACCCUCCAGCUGCCCAUGGACAGCGCCGACCGCUCACAGAACGUCUGGCAGUGGAUCCUGGAGAGCGACCGACAGGCCCGACACAGGCCGCACAGCACCCAGAGCACCAGGAAGCUGUACGGCUCCGACUCGCCCGCCUUGGCCGGAGCCAGUGGCAGCGGGCACCUCCGUGCCCCCCAGCCCGCCCACCCUUUCGUCCAGGAUCCAGCCAUGCCCCCUCUGCCCCCACCCAACACCCUUGCCCAGCUGGAGGAGGCCUGCCGGCGCCUGGAGGAGGUCUCCAAACCCCCCAAACAGAGGCAUUCGACCCCAGGCCUUCAGAGAGAGCGGAACCAGCCAGUGUCUGUGCAGAACAGCGCUGUCUCCCUCCCCUCCACAGGCCCACACACUGACGAUCAUAUGGAGCCAAAGCAAGCGUGCGGAGGCCCCGCGGCUGUCGGCGCCGAGACCGUGGUCACCUACUUCUUCUGUGGUGAGGAUAUCCCCUACCGCCGCAUGAUGAAGAGCCACAGCCUUACCCUCGGCCACUUCAAAGAGCAGCUCCGCAAGAAGGGCAACUACCGGUACUACUUUAAGAAGGCGAGUGAUGAGUUUGAGUGCGGGGCUGUAUUCGAGGAGGUGUGGGAUGAUGGAAGCGUUCUGCCCAUGUAUGAGGGCAAAAUCCUAGGCAAAGUGGAGCGAGUGGACUAGCAAGGCCAUGCCCACUGCCACGUGCUCCCUCUGGAACAGCCUUCCGUACAUGGACUUAUCUCGCCACGUGCUCUCGUCGAAACAGCUUUCCGUACAUGGACUUAACUCACCACUCAAGGCCGGCAGACACAGAUACGGACUUCUCCACAUAGACCUGUGUUGUUCCAAGCUAAAGAAAUGUUAAUAUAUCCACCAAACGUUUUUCUUUGUUUGUUUAUUUCGUUUUGGCUCACCAAGCUAUUGAAGGAAUACUAGCCAAUGAAGUAUGCCUAUUGGUUGAGAACAUCAACAUUGCAUCCUGGGAGAUCUGGCACCAUUCCUACAAAUUGGAGCACUCCAGAGACACUAUGAGUAUGACCACUGUGUGAACAGGCAGGUGACUGGGUUGUGUGUGCCAUGUUGAUUGUGUUUUUGUUUUUAGAACAAUACUCCGAAGCCACCCGCACUAUGGACUGCUGAGCAAUGUUGAGUUUGUGCUAACUGUAGUGUUUGAGAGUGUGUGUAAGUGUAAGUGUGUGUGUGUGUGUGUGUGUAUACAGAGGUGCUUAUAUGUGCACGUUAUAUUAUGCUUUUGUCACAGAAAAGACUAUUAAUAUUUAUUAAACUGUCAUGUCCCUCCUGCCCCAUGUCCAGCUGAUGGACAAGCUGCUUGUUGAAUUGGGAGAUCUUUCCAAUGAAACACAUGCAUGGACCUAAGUCUGACUACAGCCCCUCCCCCGUCCAAUUAAUGGACUACGCUGAGAGCCUGUGCCAGCCAGUCAGGACAUGACUUCCUCGCUGGACCCACCCACUUCUCCCUGCCCUCUCUGGUGAUUUGGUAGCCCGUUCAUCACGGGCCACGUGCCCUGUCACAUUCUGUAUGGUAGUGCCUUUGACUUCUCGGGGCCUAGGCUUGGCGCAAACGUGAACGUCCUUGUCCUGGAACACACACAAGAACGUGAUAUUAGUGCGACAACAGCCGACCCCAGCCCCUCCUUCUCCCUGGAAACCUGCGUCGGAAACCAGUCGAAAGAGCACGUGAGCAGAGUCGCGUGCGUCCUGUACCGAAGCCUGGGCCGGGGGGCGGAGUGUGUGGGCUCCUGGCUAGGCUUGAGAUGAGCCAGCGGAGGAGCGUUCCCUAACGCUGAUGGCUCAGACGUCCCUGUGCCUGCGUGGACACCAUGCUAUGUGCUACCCUGCUUCAGGGUGUAACUUUCCCUUGCUUUUCUAAAGGGGUUUAUGUUUCAAAGAUUUUUUAUGCUUUUUUUUUCAAAUCUCGUAAUCAUGAUAUUCUGUUUUGUUUUGUUUUCGCUUACCAAGGCUUUUGUUCCACUUAAAUGUAAAUUAUGCAUUAUAUAGAACAUCAUUUUAAAGAUGACUUGGUACUUUAAUUAUUGUAAUUAUGAAGAGAUGUAGCCUUUAUUAAAAUGUUUAUAUUUUUCAAAUUAA